UCAGAUGGGUUUGUGAAAGCUGGGGGGAUAAUAAAGCUGCAGGAAAGAUCAAAUAUCCGUCCAAUUCUUGCUUUAAGUUUAAUGCUCCAUGUCAAAAGAAAGUAGAAUGCAAAAAAUAAGCUAAGCCUGGCUGGUGAUUUCAUUCGCAGUGCUAGCUUUGUACAAACAAACAAAAAAAAAAACUCGUUCAUUUCAUGGUUAAAUUUCGUGGUUAAAUUUGUUGCGCGUAAUGUGAUGCUCAGACUUGGGGCGGAAGUUGUGAAACGUGUGUGUGUGUGUAGGUGGGUGAGCCUACAGUGAAGAAGUGAUGGGCAGGGGAAGAGCCGACUCUCAGAGAGGAAUGAGAACUUGUCGGGGAUGGCGGACAAACCUCCGACGCUGGUCGUGAAGCUGUUUGCCGCCGGGUUUUACGGUCUCAGCUCGUUCCUGAUCGUCGUGGUGAACAAGAGUGUCCUCACUAACUACAGGUUCCCGUCGUCGAUAUGUGUCGGAAUAGGACAAAUGUUAGCCACGGUGAUUGUGCUGUGGGUGGGCAAGGCUGCAAGGGUGAUCAGCUUCCCAGACUGCGAUGAGACCAUACCUCGCAAGACAUUUCCUCUACCUCUCCUGUAUGUGGGAAAUCAAAUCACUGGUUUAUUUGGAACCAAAAGGCUAAAUCUGCCCAUGUUUACAGUCCUCAGGAGGUUCUCGAUCUUAUUCACUAUGCUGGCCGAGGGAUUUCUGCUCAAGAAGAAAUUCUCCAGACCAGUUCAGCUGACAGUGUUUACAAUGAUCCUUGGGGCAUUUAUAGCCGCGAGUGCUGACUUAUCAUUUGACCUGCAAGGCUACAUGUUCAUUCUCCUGAACGACAUCCUGACUGCAGCCAACGGAGCCUAUGUAAAGCAAAAAUUAGACGCAAAGGAGUUGGGGAAAUAUGGAUUAUUGUACUACAAUGCAUUAUUUAUGAUAAUUCCCACUCUGCUGUUGGCUCAUGUGACUGGAGAUAUGCAGAAGGCAGUGGAAUAUGAGGGCUGGUCGGAUGCAUUGUUCCUCACCCAGUUCACCCUGUCGUGUGUCAUGGGGUUUAUUCUGAUGUAUUCUACUGUGCUGUGUACACAGUACAACUCAGCAUUAACAACUACUAUCGUGGGUUGUAUUAAGAAUGUCCUGGUGACAUACAUUGGAAUGGUACUCAGUGGAGACUACAUUUUCUCAUGGACUAACUUCUUAGGUUUGAACAUAAGUAUUGCUGGCAGCCUGGUGUACUCGUACAUCACUCUUACAGAGGAACAGUCCAGCAAAGCAAAUGAAAACACCAAGCUGGAUAUCAAGGGCAAGGUGGUUGUAUGACAGACACUGGAUUGUUUUUUUGUUUUUUUUAUUCUUAUGCUGAUGAACGAAAAAAAACUCUAUUUUUUAGUAAAAGUGUAAUUUAUGGAGUAUUUUGGCAGUAAAGGCAUGGGAUUGGUGGGAACAGUGUUUCAGACACUUCCGCAGUGUGUUUUUGUGGAAAUGGAGCAGUACCAUUGCCAUGCCUCUCUGCUGCUACCAUGGUGACGAAACCCUCCCAAGUGUUUGUAGGUUGAUUUUUAGAUAAGCUUCUUUGUUGUCGUUUUUUUUAUGUUGUAUUUUGAUACUGUUCUUGUGAGCUUUGAGAAUAAGGGAACAUUGGGUGAAAAAUAUUUAUACAAACAUUUGAUAUUUAGACAGAACAUUUAAAGUUAAAUGUUGAGAUUAUGGAACACAGGCGCGAUCAGCUGGUUUUACAUAUUGGUGUGUACUUAUGAGUCAAUGGGAAUAUUAAGGAAGUUAUUUAAAAAGGCACAAUCCUUGUUCUUGCCUUUCAGUUUUGCUGUUUACAAGGAAUGUAACUAUAGAUGCCUUUCUGAGCACAGUGAGAUGCACUGACACUGUCAUUUUCCGUUUAACUCUUUGUCUCCAUACUUUAUUUUGUUUUUUGCGCAAACACUGUCACACGCUUGUUAAAGACACACGUAACGACACUGACCGGACCUCAUCCUUCAAAACAACCAAAGCGGAUGGGCAGCAGGCCAUCAGUUCUCAUCAAGGAUUGUGGCUUUAAAUAGUAUCGCCUUCUUUUUUGGGGUGAUAAUUUGAGAUGACAGUUUACAUUUUGCUCCUUCAGUAUUAGAGAAAGUUUGUUGUGGACUCUUAAAGCUGUAACUGGUUCUCUCUAUGCAGAAUUAACAAACAGUAUAUAUGGUUUGUUAUUUGUACAAGGGGAUCAUUCGUUUGUGUUUUUUGACAAAAUGUGAUCGCACUUUUAACUGAGGUAGCAUCUGCAGAAGAGUGACUAACAGCCACGCCUCCUGUUACAGUCAUUGAGAUUAAUGUAUGUUCCUGAAAUUUGUUUCAGGGUUUUUAUUGUUGUUGUUUUUUUAAGUACUAUGAGAGGAACUCUUUUUUUCCCCUUCUUUUUUCAAUUAUCAGGUACAAGUGUCUGCUUUUAAAAAAACAAAACAAAACAUAAAUAUCAUCAGUUUAUAUUUAUUACUUUUUUUUAGACUUAUUAAUUUGUAGGUGGAGUGGCUAGUGAAUUGUUGAUGCUGAUCACAUCUCAAACACAGUACCCAUGAUCUUGUAGCUGGAACACAAUGUAUUUUUUACAUUAAAAACUCUUGACUUAA